CCGGCCCUGCGCGGGACCCCCGCGGGUACGCGGCGGGAGGGCGGCUCGCCCGGCCCGGCCCGGCCCGGCCCCCUCAGAGCCUUCCCAGAGCCGCUCGGAGCCGAAGAUGCCGCUCGGAGCCUUCGGCUGCUGAGGGAGCGACAGCGGGAAGGGCAACUGGGAAUUCAGAUUCGGGAUCUGGAGGCAUCUGUGCCCGGAGCCACGGCCGAUAGAUGGACAAGCCAAGCGACUUCUGACUCCGCGGCGUUUUCCGGGGCAAAAUUCCAUGGCAAUGUAUCCUACAAGGGUGUCCGGUGAGGAAUGCAAUGGGAUCAACAGCAUGGCGGCGGAGAGCGGCCCCGGCACGAGGCUGCGGAACCUGCCGGUGAUGGGGGACGGGCUGGAGGGCUCGCAGAUGUCCACGGCGCCGGCCCAGGCCCAGCCCCAGCCGGGCGUCGGCGUCAACCCCCCGCCGCCGGAGACCUCCAACCCCAACAAGCCCAAGCGCCAGACGAACCAGCUGCAGUACCUGCUCAAGGUGGUGCUCAAGACGCUGUGGAAGCACCAGUUCGCGUGGCCCUUCCAGCAGCCCGUGGACGCCGUCAAGCUCAACCUCCCCGAUUAUUACAAGAUCAUUAAAACCCCGAUGGACAUGGGAACAAUAAAGAAGCGCUUGGAGAACAAUUACUACUGGAACGCCCAGGAAUGUAUCCAGGAUUUCAACACCAUGUUUACAAACUGCUACAUCUACAACAAGCCGGGGGAUGACAUAGUCUUAAUGGCAGAAGCUCUGGAGAAGCUUUUCCUGCAGAAGAUCUCGGAGAUGAGCCAGGAGGAGACGGAAAUCGUCAUCGCCCAGACCAAGGGAAGGGGCCGCGCGCGGAAGGAAGCGGUGACGUCCAAACCCGGCUCGUCCACGGUCCCCAACGUCACCCAAGCCUCGUCCCCGGUGCCGCCGCCGGCGCCGAGCCUUCCGUCGGCGCAGCCCACCCAUUCCUUCCCCUCCGUCACCCCCGACCUCAUCGUGCCCAGCCCGGUGAUGACGAUGGUGCCUCCUCAGCCCCCCGCGCCGCCCCCGCCGGCCCCCCAGGCCCCCGCGCCCGCCCCGGCCCCCCAACCCCUGCAGCCCCACCCGCCCGUCAUCCCCACGCCCGCCCAGCCCGUCAAGACAAAAAAAGGGGUGAAGAGGAAAGCAGACACCACGACCCCCACCACCAUCGACCCGAUCCACGACUCGUCGUCGCUGCCCGCCGAGCCCAAGUCCACCAAGCUGGGCCCGCGGCGGGAGAGCGGCCGCCCCGUGAAGCCUCCAAAGAAGGACGUUCCCGACUCGCAGCAGCACGCGGCCGAGAAGAGCAGCAAAGUCUCGGAGCAGCUCAAGUACUGUGGCGGGAUCAUCAAGGAGAUGUUCGCCAAGAAGCACGCGGCCUACGCGUGGCCCUUCUACAAACCUGUGGACGUGGAAGCUCUGGGGCUGCACGACUACUGCGACAUCAUCAAGCACCCCAUGGAUCUGAGCACAAUCAAAUCCAAGCUGGAGAACCGGGAAUACCGGGAUGCUCAGGAAUUCGCGGCCGACGUGCGGUUGAUGUUCUCCAACUGCUACAAGUACAACCCCGCCGACCACGAGGUCGUGGCCAUGGCGCGGAAGUUGCAGGACGUGUUCGAGAUGCGCUUCGCCAAGAUGCCGGACGAGCCGGAGGAGCCCGUCGUCCUUCCCGCCUCCUCGCCCGCCGUGGUGCCGCCCCCCACCAAGGUGGCCCCGCCCUCGUCCAGCGACAGCAGCAGCGACAGCUCCUCCGACAGCGACAGCUCCUCCGACGACUCCGAGGAGGAGCGGGCGCAGCGCUUGGCCGAGCUGCAGGAGCAGCUCAAGGCCGUGCACGAGCAGCUGGCGGCCCUGUCCCAGCCCCAGCAGAACAAACCAAAGAAAAAGGAGAAGGACAAGAAGGAGAAGAAGAAGGAGAAGCACAAAAAGAAGGAGGAGCUGGAAGAGGCCAAGAAAAGCAAAGCCAAGGAGCCGCAGCCCAAGAAGGCCAAGAAGAGCAACAGCAACAGCAGCACCUCCAGCAAGAAGGAGCCGGCGGCGGCCAAGCCGAGCCGGGCGGCUCCGGCCUACGAGUCGGAGGAGGAGGAGAAGUGCAAGCCCAUGUCCUACGAGGAGAAGCGGCAGCUGAGCCUGGACAUCAACAAACUGCCGGGGGAGAAGCUGGGCCGGGUCGUUCACAUCAUCCAGUCGCGGGAGCCGUCGCUCAAGAACUCCAACCCCGACGAGAUCGAGAUCGACUUCGAGACGCUCAAACCAUCGACGCUGCGCGAGCUGGAGCGCUACGUCACCUCCUGCCUGCGCAAGAAGAGGAAACCCCCAGCCGAGAAGGUCGACGUCCUGGCCGGCUCCUCCAAGCUCAAGGGCUUCUCGUCGUCGGAGUCGGAGAGCAGCAGCGAGUCCAGCUCCUCCGACAGCGACGAGUCGGACUCAGAAAUGGCACCGAAGUUGAAGAAAAAAGGGCAUUCGGGGCGAGAGCAGAAAAAGCACCACCACCACCACCACCCCCCGGCGCAGCCGCCGCCGCCGCCUCCGCCCCAGCCCGUGCCCGCGGCGCUGCCGCCGGUGCAGCCGCCGCCGCCCCCGCCGCCCGUCCCGGCCCCCGCCCCGCCCAUGAAGGCGUCACCACCGCCCUUCGUGCCCGCCCCGGUGCCGGUGCUGGAGCACCCCCUGCCCGGGACCAUGUUCGACACCAUGAGCCACUUCGGCCAACCCAUCCUGCACCUGCCCCAGCCGGAGCUGCCGCCGCACCUGCCCCCGGCGCCCGAGCACGGCACCCCCCCCCACCUCAACCAGCACGUGGUGUCCCCUCCAGCUUUGCACAACGCUCUGCCUCAGCAGCCCUCGAGGCCCAGCAACCGCGCCGCGGCGCUGCCGCCCAAGCCCCCGCGCCCCCCGGCCGUGUCUCCGGCGCUGCCGCCGCAGCCGCUCCUCCCGCAGCCGCCGCUGCCGCAGCCGCCACAGGUGCUGCUGGAGGACGAGGAGCCGCCGCCGCCGCCGCCGCCGCACCACGGGCUGCCCCUGAGCGCCAGCCAGAUGCAGCUGUACCUGCAGCAGCUGCAGAAGGUGCAGCCGCAGACUCCGCUUCUCCCUUCAGUGAAGGUCCAGUCGCAGGCGCCGCCGCCGGCGGCGCUGCCGCCGCCGCCGCCACCGCCCCCGACGCACCCGGCGGUGCAGCAGCUGCAGCCGCCGCCGCGCCCGCUGCACAUGCAGCCCCCCCUGCCCUUCCCGUCCCACCUGCCCCAGCCGCCGCCGCCGCCGCCGCCGCCGCCGCCGCCGCAGCAGCAGCAGCCGCCGCAGCAGCCGCAGCCGCCGCAGCAGCACCCGCCGCCCCCGCAGCCCCCCCAGCCCCCGGCGCAGCCGCCGGCGCCCGCCAAGCCGCAGCAGGUCAUCCAGCACCACCCGUCGCCGCGGCACCACAAGGCGGACCCCUACGGCAGCGGUCACCUGCGGGAAGCCCCCUCCCCUCUCCUGAUGCAUUCCCCACAGAUGCCGCCCUUCCAGGCCCUCGUCCACCAGUCGCCACCUCAGCAAAGCAUCCAGCCAAAAAAACAGGAGCUGCGAGCGGCGUCCGUGGUGCAGGCGCAGCCGCUGGUGGGGAAGGAGGAGAAGAUGCACUCGCCCGUCGUGAGGAACGAGACCUUCAGCCCCCCCCUGCGCCAGGACCCCCCCAAGCACCCCGAGGGCGGCAAAGCCCCCCCGCACCUCCCCCAGAGGCCGGAGCUGAAGCCCCUGGAGGGGGGAGGGGCCCGUCCCGUGAUCCGCCCCCCGGAACAGCCCCCCCCUGCCCCAGGAGCCCCCGACAAGGAGCGGCAGAAACAGGAGCCCAAGACCCCCGUGGCCCCAAAAAAGGACCUGAAGAUCAAGAACAUGGGCUCGUGGGCCUCCCUGGUGCAGAAGCACCCGGCGGCGCCGGCGGCCACGGCCAAGUCGUCGAGCGACAGCUUCGAGCAGUUCAAGCGGGCGGCGCGGGAGAAGGAGGAGCGGGAGAAGGCCCUCAAGGCCCAGGCCGAGCAGGUGGAGAGGGAGAAGGAGCGGCUGCGGCGCGAGCAGGAGAGGAUGAGGAGCCGGGAUGAGGAGGAGGCCCUGGAGCAGGCUCGCCGGGUGCACGAGGAGGUUCGGCGGCGCCAGGAGCCGCCGGUGCCGGUGCCGGUGCCGGUGCCGGUGGCCGUGGCCGUGUCGGCGGCGGGGACGGCCCCGCAGGGCCCCCAGAGCUCCCAACCCCCCAAUUCCCAAUCCAUGCUGGACCAGCAGCGGGAAAUGGCCCGGAAGAGGGAGCAGGAGAGGAGGCGCCGGGAAGCGAUGGCGGCGACGAUCGACAUGAACUUCCAGAGCGAUUUAUUGGCCAUUUUCGAGGAGAACCUUUUCUAGCGGCGCCGGAGGGAUCCCGGGGGGUGGGAAAAGGAGGGAAUUCCUUGGAUUUCUGGGGGGGGGUUGGGGGUUGGAACGUUU